AUGACCAACUGGCAAGACCUUGUCGCAGCGAAACAACAAGAAUGCAAGGACAAGAUUCCCCCUGAAUGGCGCUUGAACGCUGAGGAGUUCGCAUUCGCCAAAAACCCCCGUUUGAUCGAAAUGAAAAUCGGUCGCAGCAUCCUUUCCAGUGAAGAGGUGGACAUCACUGAGAAUUAUACCGCCAGCCAGCUCCUGGUCAAACUGGCCUCUGGAAGUGUCAGCUCGUGGGAUGUCACAACGGCAUUCUGUAAAAGAGCUGCUACCGCACAACAACUCACAUCCUGUCUCACGGAGACAUUCUUUCCACAGGCCCUGGAGCGCGCACAGUACCUAGAUGACUACCUCAAGCGUGAGGGAAAGCCCAAAGGGCCAUUCCACGGUCUCCCAAUCAGCCUAAAAGAUAGUUUCAACGUCGAAGGCGUUCAAUCGACGAUUGGAUAUGUCGAGUUUCUGAAACAUGAGCCUGCGAAGACGAAUUCCGCACUCGUCCAGAUGCUGCUUGAUCUCGGUGCAGUACUAUACGUCAAGACCAAUAUCCCGCAGACACUGAUGACAGGAGACUCAGAGAAUAACAUUUUUGGUCGAACUUUGAACCCGCACAACACUCAACUCACGGCUGGUGGAUCCAGCGGCGGCGAGGGAGCCCUCGUUGCAUUACGGGGAUCUCUCCUUGGGGUGGGGACUGAUGUUGCUGGGUCGAUUCGGAUUCCGGCGCUUUGCUGUGGCGUCUAUGGCUUCAAGCCGACUACUAACCGUAUCCCGUUCGGCGGACAGGUCUCUGGGGCCAACGAGGGCAUUCCAGGCUUGGUUCCGUCGGCUGGGCCAUUGGCGCAUAGUAUUGCGGAACUGAAACUAUUCAUGAGUCUCGUUGUUGGUGAUGGCCAGGCAUGGGAAUAUGAUUCCACCGCCGUAGCGGUACCAUGGCAAGGCAUUCCUCGGGGUGUCAGUGAGAACCCAGUCUUGACGAUCGGUGUCCUCGCAGAGGAUAAGCAUUUCCCUCUUCACCCGCCUGUCAAGAGGGCUUUGGAUCGGUCUAUCGAGGAGCUGACCCGAGCUGGACAUCGGAUUGUCCGAUUGGGCGAAGAGCUCGACGUGGCUUAUCCUUCGCGUCUUGCUUUCCAAAACUUCGUGUAUGGUCCUCAUAAAGACCUUCUUGCUGCCAGUGGUGAGCCACCUGUGACUUCUGUGGCUAAGUCUGCGUCGCCGAUGUUCUCUGGCCCAUUCCCUGUGGAGCAGGGACUUGGACCAUUUGAGACUAUUCAGGCGUUGUAUGAAGCCCGACAACAGCUUCUCAAUGAUUGGAGAAAGACUUGGACUGGGCACCAACUUGAUGUCGUCCUCGCACCAGGCGCUCAGAAUACAGCCGUUGCACACGAUACAUAUGGAUGGCCUCCCUACACGGCGAUCUGGAAUCUGCUGGAUGUAGGUCGUCCCCUGUCAACAUUGAUCACCGUACUCACCUUCACAGUAUCCCGCUUGCCUGAUCCCCUGUUUUAG